CUAUUUAUUUUGGGCUCUUUGAGGAAGAAUUGAUCGCUCACCAACACAAAAAAAUGGCGACGGUGAAAAGAGUCGUUGUUUGUGGUGGUAACGGUUUCUUAGGAAGUAGGAUAUGCAAGUACGCGGUAGCGCGAGGCUGGGAUGUCACAUCAAUAAGUCGCUCAGGUGAACCAGUAUGGUCUUCAGUCACCUCGUCCCCCUCAACUCCGCCGUGGGCCCAUAGUGUGUCAUGGGAACGCGCCGACAUGCUGAAGCCAAGCACAUACAAGCCUCUUUUAAAGGGCGCUGAUGCUGUCGUCCACACCAUGGGCAUCCUGCUCGAGGCAGACUAUAAGGGCGUGGUAUCCGGCCGUGAAUCCCCGAUAUCCGGCCUCAUGCGCGCCUUUUCCUCCUCAAAGGCUGGAAGCCAGAACCCGAUGGAGCGGAAGCCAGACGAGGACCUGAAGCCGCAAGAAAAGGAUGGACAGCUGACUUACGAACUCAUGAACCGGGAUUCCGCAAUUACGUUGGCUCAGGAAGCGAACAGAGAGCAAGUCUGCACUUUUGCGUAUAUUUCAGCGGCGGGUGGUGCACCCAUAUUACCAGCAAGAUACGUCACUACGAAGCGUGAGGCUGAAUCGGCAAUUGCAACCAACUUUCCGACUAUGAGAUCGUUUUUUGUUCGGCCUGGGUUUAUGUACGACUCUUCGCGGCCGAUUACGAUGGCCAUGGCUGCCGGGGCUGGAGGGGCAUCUGUGUUCAGCGAGGUUACGGGAGGGGUGCUGAAGGACUUCUUAGGUGUGGCUGGCACGAAGCCGCUGAAGGCAGACCUGGUUGCGCAAGCAGUUGUCGAAGCUCUGGAAGAUGACACAGUUAAGGGGCCAGUUGAGACGAAGGAGAUCGAAGAGCUUGCCACAAAGGCAUGGAGGAAGGGGAUGCUAUGAUCUUGCAUUUU